CCGCUUCCUUGUGUCGUCUUCUUCAAUGACUUAAUCGUCUUCUUCCUCCUCCUAUCAUUUUUUGCUUUUUUGUUUCUGCAAAUUUAUUUCUCAAUUGUUUUUGUUCCUAUUUAAAUUGAUAAAAAAUGGGUGAGGAUCUAAAACACAAGUUUACUUUUUUCUUUUAAGUCGUACGAUCAUCUUGUUUCUACUUCUUCGAUUUGAGUAUUCUGUGUAAGCUCCCAGAGAUGGAAGGAAGUUUUAGCGACGAAGACACUCAAGGCAGUGCUUUUUCCAUUUCUUAUUCUCCUUCAAGGCAUAACCGCCAGAACACCGUUGCCUACAGGAGAUGCACCAUCAAUAGAACCCGUACGGCGGCGCCUCACAUCCUUCUAUCGGAGAAGAAGGGCCAUAUGGAAAUCCCUCUGGUAAACUUAUGUCUCAACCUUUGAUACAGAUCUGCUAAGUGUUGCUGAUUUACUGUUUUGGAUUCUCGAGAGAUGUGCCAUGUGCAAAUUUUCAUGGUUACAGAAGGUGGAAUCUCCCAGGAGUCCCCACCCGACCCGACAGGAUGGUGGGGAGGUUAGUCACGGCGACUCAAUCAGCAGAAUGACAGUAGUUUCAUACACUCGUGCGCAUCAGAGCUCAGCCUUAUUUCAGCUUCUAUGACCUCCACCCGGUCGCUGCGGAAAUUCGAACCUUGGUCCAUUGUUCCAAAUCUCCCACCACUCGACCAAUUGAGCUACCCGUGCGGCUCCCAUGUGCAAAUUUUCAGACCCUAUUGCGUGUGGAAUCUACCUCGAUCCUCUUCAGCUAGCUAUGGGUUUCAAUCAACAAAGCACUGCCACCACACAUUGUUGCUCACUCCCAUUGCUCCUCAGGGUGAAGGAUUCUUUCUCGAUGGACAGUUGAAAAAUGUUUUGAGAUUCCCUUGAUCCAAAUGAUCAAGGUUCGAAACCCGCAGCGGCCGUGUGGAGGUCACAGAACCUGAAAUAAGGCUGGGCUUCUGGUGCGCACGGGAAAAAGUCCUACCAUCAUUGGGCUGACUGAGUCACCGUGAUUAACAUCCUCCCAAAAAUCUUGUCGGAUCGGGGUAUGGGGGGCUCCUGGGGUGAGAGAUUCCACCUUUUGGACCAAAUGUUUUGAGAUUCCCAAAACAGAGAAAAAAAAGAAAUACAACAUGGAAUUACACGUCGAUGUCUCAACCUGCUAACCUGUAAAUGACUGAGUAAGGGAGGGACACGUUAGAGUCCAUGUCAGCCAUUAACUGGCUAACCGGUUGUCAACCGGCUAAAAAGGCAGAUUGAGUGUUUUUGUGAGUAGGCGGACUUGAUUGAGUGAUUCGAAACUAUGAGGGCUUAAUUGAAGAAUUGGCCAAAGUAUGAGGGUCUAUUUGAGAGUUUUCUCUAAUUAAUAUAAACUAUUACACCCCUCAAGCUGUGCGGAAGAUAUAACGCGUAAGUUAUCUUUUAAAAAAAUGAAAUUGCUGACUAGAUAAACUUUUAGUAAAUAUAUCUGCUAGAUCAGAGCGGACUUAAUUGAUAGUAAUGAAGACUAAAUCAGAGAACUUAACGUACUGAUCUAUAAAUAUACUCUCCCCUACCUCUUAUUCUAUCAUCAAUAAUCCUCCACACAUUUCAUUCUACUUAGCAGAAGAUAUGGCUUUUCGGUUCUUCGUUAUCUUUGCUAUUUUGGCUACUAAUGCUUCUUUUGGUAGUGCAUCCGAUCCCAGUCAAUUACAGGACUUUUGUGUUGCAAUUAAUGAUUCCAAGACUGGUGUGUUUGUCAAUGGAAAAAUCUACAAGAAUCCAACAGAUGUCGAUGUUGGGGACUUCUUUCUCUCAACGGGUCUUAACAAACCUAGAAAUACAUCAAAUCAGCUUGGAUCCGCAAUUUCAGCUGUUACUGUGGAUACCCUACCUGGGUUAAACACUCUCGGCAUUUCACUAGCUCGUAUUGAUUUUGCUCCAAACGGGGUCGUUCCUCCACACACCCACCCUAGAGCAUCUGAAGUCCUUGUGGUCUUGAAGGGAACUCUAUACGUUGGAUUCGUCCUUUCUAAUCCUAAACAAGGAAUGAAGAACAAGCUUUUUACUAAGACAUUAUACCCUCGAGAUGUUUUUGUGUUUCCACAAGGCCUUAUUCAUUUCCAACACAACAUCGGAAAGUCAAAUGUUGUCUCCUUAUCUGGCUUAAGUAGCCAAAAUCCAGGAGUUAUUACAAUUGGCAAUGCUGUUUUCGGAUCUAAUUCACCCAUCGAUUCGGAUGUUCUCACUAAAGCAUUUCAGGCUGACACCAAAAUUAUUGAGUAUCUUCAAUCACAAUUCUAGUUUGAUGACCAGAAAUAAUUAGUACUACGAUGUCAUUUUAUUAGAAAUUUAUAUUAACAAUAAACUCAUGUAAUAAUAGUUCCUUUUUAUUAUACAUAUAUAUGUUAUAUGUAUAGUAUAAAGUGAAUGAUCAACUUCUGUUAGAGAGGAUUGCCAUGGAAUAAUGUCGUUGCUUUUAUUGUAUUUGGGAAGGGGAAAUUGCACUUGUAGUCUCUCAAGUCUCAAAUAGUCGUCAUUAAAAUUUG